AUGAGCAACAAUGAGAGCCACCGUCCAUGGCGUCUUCUUCUCGGUGUGACAGGUAGUGUUGCAACAAUUAAACUCAAGGAACUUAUUCAUAGUUUUAAUAUUCAUAAUAUCGAUACGAUUGUUAUACCAACUGAAAGAGCAAAACAUUUCAUUGAAUUCGAAGAUUCUUGGUGUUCUCAUGGAUUGAUUACUGAUAUAAAAUGUCCAUGUUAUUUUGAAGAUCACGAUGAAUGGACUUCAUGGAAAAAACGUAAUGACCCUGUUUUACAUAUUAUGCUUCGCGAUUGGGCUGAUAUACUUUUAAUUGCGCCACUUGGCGCGAAUACAUUAGCUAAACUGGCCGUUGGUUUAUGCGAUAACCUUUUAACAAAUGUUGUUCGUGCAUGGGAUUUAAAAAAAAGGAAACCAUUAAUUAUUGCGCCUGCAAUGAAUACAGCAAUGUUUGAACAUCCUCUUACACGACAACAUUUAGAGACGCUCACAAAAACAUUUGGAUACAUAGAAAUUUCUUGUGUCGAAAAAACACUAAUGUGUGGACAAAUUGGUAUUGGUGGUAUGGCCUCGGUAGAGACUAUUGCUGAGAAAACUUUGAAUAUAUUUCAACAAAUUGCAAUCGACUGA